AAACAUAAUGUCACGAAGAGAGUAAAAGACAGUUAAGAUAAUGGUGUUGCUAGGAUAUAUAUUUUAAUUCACCUUAACAUAUAAAACCCCUCAGAAUAUUAGACAAUUUUAUAUAUUUGACAUAGGCUGCUCUUGCAGUUCAAACCGGAUUUACUGUGCACAGAGUCUUUUGUGAAAUCAGAAGAAAAGGAACUCCAAACAGCUAGUGACCCUGAUUUCCAACUCUUGACGGCAGGCAAUCAGCUUCCAGAAAAACCAUGAGAAAAAUCGUCUUCUGUGUCCUUGCCCUGAUGCUUUGGUCACAAGCUGUGGAUGCUCUGGAAUGUUAUAAUUGUCGCUAUGGAGGAGGCUGUACUACCACAACUACUUGCUCUGUUAAUCAAAACCAGUGCAUGACCAUAAUCAUUAAUCCAGGUGGAAUGAUACCCCCGAGGAUUGCCAAGAGAUGCGGCUCAACGUAUGAUUGUAAAGUACUGAAUUCAAGGCCACAACCAGGUGUUCUUGCCAUUUGUUGUGGCUAUGACAGAUGCAACAGAUAGUGUUCAUUUUCAGCUGGAGACCACCUCAAUGAUUUCAUAGGCCUCAACUCACUGGAGCUGAUUUUGAUUUGUCUGAAAUUCAAGAGUGAUGUGGAAUGUGGUGCUCAAUAAUACUGUCACUCAGUCCUGUGUGAAUGAGAAAACAAAU